CGCCGGAAGAUAAUAUAAAAAAAAACAACAAGGAAGGAGGAGGAGGAGGAGGAGAGACGGAGAGCCAUGGUGUCAACGAGGCGCAGUGGAUCUCUCUCGGGCAAUAAUGGGAAGCGAUCUUCUUCGUCGGAAGACAAGUCGCCGUCGCCGAAGCGCCAGAAGGAGGACAGCAGCGGUGCGUCGGACAGACCGAUGCCGGCGGCGGAUAAUUCGAAGGAGCUGUGCUCGCCGGCGGCGGCGACUGAUCCGGCGGAAUGUGCGGAUGGGGAUGCGGCGGUCGCCGGGGACGAUUGCGUCAGCGCCGCCAAGGGAGAGGCGGCGCCGGCCGACGCCGUGGCGGCGCCGAUCCCUGAGGGUACUUCGCCACUUGGGGUGGAUAAGCAUCGGAGUUCUUUCACUUCUUGGAAUUUAUACCAAAAACAGAGUCCGAGCUUUGAGUCUUCUGCGCCGUGGUGUCGGCUUUUGCCCCAAUCGGGUCAGAAUUCAAAGGUUCCUAUUAGCUCCCCUACUUUCACAAUUGGUUCUAGCAGACACUGUAACUUCCCAUUGAAGGACCAGACAAUAAGUGGUGUUCUUUGCAAGAUAAAGCACACUCAGCGAGAAGGCGCUGCUGUGGCCAUACUAGAGAGCACGGGUAGCAAGGGAUUGGUUCAAGUAAAUGGAAAUGCUGUCAAGAAGAACUCCAGUUGCACGCUUAGCUCGGGGGAUGAGAUCGUGUUUGGCAUGCUGGGGAACCAUGCUUAUAUAUUCCAGCUAAUGGUAUCUGAUCUCACGGUUAAGGGCGCAGAGAUGAAAAGCAUGGGAAAAUUCUUUCAACUUGAGCGGAGAUCAGGGGAUCCUUCGGCUAUGACUGGGGCUAGCAUAUUGGCAUCCAUUUCAAACCUGAAGCCAGAUUUAUCACGAUGGAAGACGCCUGGCUCGGCUUCCGUUAAAAUCUAUCAAGGACCUGAAGUCCCUGCUCAUUCUGCAAUUAAUGAUGGGAUGGACAUUGAUGAUGGCCUGGAAGGCAAUUCGGCGCCAGAUGUUGCAAGUGAGAAAGCAGCAGAAGAUGGAGCAACGGACAAGAGUCUUCCUGUCGACAGCAGCCAGGACGCUGGCAUAGAGGCAGGCAAUGUAAAAAUCUCUGGGGUAUUGGAAGAAUCGAGCGAGAGGACAAGGGAUUCACAACCAGCAUCGACAUCAGGCAUGUCUUUACGUUGUGCAGUAUUCAAGCAAGAGGUUCAUGCAGGAAUCCUUGAUGGCAGAGAGAUAGAAGUUUCAUUCGAUAACUUUCCAUACUACUUAAGUGAGAACACCAAGAAUGUGUUAAUUGCCGCUUCAUUUAUACAUUUGAAGCACAGAGAACACGCUAAAUAUGCCUCGGAACUUCCAACGGUGAACCCAAGGAUUUUGCUUUCAGGCCCUGCUGGGUCUGAGAUUUAUCAGGAGAUGUUGGCAAAGGCACUUGCAAAUCACUUUGGUGCCAAAUUGCUGAUAUUUGACUGCCAUUCGUUUUUGGGUGGUUUAUCUUCCAAGGAGGCAGAGCUAUUAAAGGAAGGACUUAAUGUUGACAAAUCCUGCAACUGCACAAAACAAAACCCUCUUCCAGCUGACUUGGUCAAGGCGAUUACUUUGCCAAUUGGUGAUGGCAAUGCACCUAGCUCUUCAAAUGCUCCCUCGCCUUUUGUCCCAGAUUCACAGCAGAAGGGCGAGAAUGAUAAUGUAGCUUCAUCCUCUGGUGCAUCCAAGAGUAAUUCGUUUAAAUUAGGCGACAGGGUAAGGUUUGUUGGGUCAGCUUCUGGUUCCUUGUACCCAUCCUCCUCGCCAUCAAGGGGCCCGGCUUCUGGGAAAUGUGGAAAGGUAGUGUUACUUUUCGAGGAUAAUCCUCUGUCCAAAAUUGGUGUGAGGUUUGAUAAAUCUGUCCCUGAAGGAGUUGACCUUGGGAAUUCUUGUGAGGAAGGUCAUGGGUUCUUCUGUAAUGCUGCUGAUCUUCGGUUGGAAAACUCCUGUAGUGAAGAUUUGGACAAGCUACUAAUUGACACAUUGUUCGAGGCUGUCUCCAGUGAGAGCAGAAAUUCUCCUUUCAUUUUGUUUGUGAAAGAUGCUGAGAAGUCUAUUGCUGGGAACUCAGAAGCAUUCCCUACAUUUAAAAGCAGAAUUGAAAAGCUUCCCAAUAAUGUUGUUGUCAUCGGUUCACAUACCCAUACUGACAACCGCAAGGAGAAGUCACAUCCUGGUGGUCUUCUUUUCACAAAGUUUGGGAGCAAUCAGACUGCUCUUCUUGAUUUGGCUUUUCCGGAUAGUUUUGGAAGGCUUCAUGACAGAGGAAAAGAAGUUCCAAAGGUGACAAAACUUCUUACAAAGCUCUUCCCCAAUAAAGUUACAAUCCACAUGCCACAGGAUGAAGUGCUUCUUGCAUCUUGGAAGCAUCAGUUGGAUCGAGAUUCUGAGACCCUAAAGAUCAAAGGGAAUUUGAAUAAUUUGCGAACUGUUCUUGGUCGGUGUGGAAUGGAAUGUGAAGGACUUGAUACGAUAUGCAUCAAGGACCAAACACUUACCACUGAGAGCGCAGAAAAGGUCAUUGGAUGGGCUCUAAGCCAUCAUUUAAUGCAGAAUCCUGAAUCUAAUGCUGAUUCAGGGCUUGUUCUGUCCAGCGAGAGCAUCCAGUAUGGCAUUGGGAUCUUGCAGGCUAUUCAGAACGAGUCUAAGAGCUUGAAAAAGUCGCUCAAGGAUGUUGUAACUGAAAACGAAUUUGAGAAACGGCUUCUUGCUGAUGUUAUUCCCCCCAGUGACAUAGGAGUCACAUUUGAUGACAUCGGAGCUCUUGAAAAUGUCAAAGAUACAUUGAAGGAGCUAGUCAUGCUUCCUCUACAGAGGCCUGAACUUUUCUGCAAAGGGCAAUUAACCAAGCCUUGCAAGGGCAUUCUUCUGUUUGGUCCCCCUGGAACAGGCAAGACUAUGCUUGCAAAGGCUGUGGCUACUGAAGCUGGUGCAAAUUUCAUCAACAUUUCCAUGUCAAGUAUCACAUCCAAGUGGUUUGGUGAAGGCGAGAAGUAUGUGAAAGCUGUUUUCUCACUUGCCAGUAAAAUUUCCCCGAGUGUUGUAUUUGUUGACGAAGUUGAUAGUAUGUUGGGCCGGAGGGAGAACCCAGGAGAGCACGAGGCCAUGCGCAAGAUGAAAAAUGAAUUUAUGGUCAACUGGGAUGGCUUACGGACUAAAGAUACAGAACGAGUACUGGUACUUGCAGCCACAAACAGACCUUUCGACCUGGAUGAGGCAGUCAUCCGUAGGCUGCCUCGCCGAUUGAUGGUAAAUCUUCCAGAUGCUCCAAAUAGAGCAAAAAUUUUGAAAGUUAUACUAGCAAAGGAAGACUUAUCUGCAGAUGUCGACUUGGACGGAAUUGCAAGCAUGACAGAUGGUUACUCAGGAAGUGACCUAAAGAAUUUAUGUGUAACUGCGGCGCACAGGCCAAUUAAAGAGAUAUUGGAAAAGGAGAAAAAGGAACGUGCUGCAGCUCUAGCAGAAGGCAAACCUGCUCCAGCUUUGAGAGGGAGCGCUGAUAUACGGUCUCUCAAUAUGGAAGAUUUCAAAUAUGCACAUGAACGGGUAUGUGCAAGCGUAUCAUCCGAGUCUGUUAACAUGACCGAGCUUCUGCAGUGGAAUGAACUCUACGGUGAAGGUGGUUCAAGAAGAAAGAAGGCACUCAGUUAUUUCAUGUGAAGUAUUAUUGUUCACUAAUUCACAAUUGCAAUUUUUGACCCGCUGCUCGUCCUCCUAGAAGCUGCUACGAAAGUAAUCCAUUUUGUUUUUGUAACCUGGGAAGCCCCUUCUUUUAGUUUCUCCUUGUAAUGUUUUCUUGCCAAGUUUUUUGUUUCCAUUUUUCUUGGAUUGUUGGUAUAAAAGAGAGAGAGAGGAAAGCCUCCAAUAGCUUUUAAUUUGGCUCCGCAUCAUAUCUGUCCUCUUUUGCUUUCUUUGCUGCUCUUAGGAUUUACUGAUUCUCAUAUAAAUUGAACUUUUGUUCAUCUCUUUUAGGUGAAGUCCUUACUGUCACUAUGUUAAUAGUGGUCAGAUAA